UUGUCAUGAGGCUGUAUUGUUGACAGAUGUUGCGCACAGAGCAGUGAUUGGUGGAUUUCGGUGGGCGUUUCCGCAUCCCGCCCAUGAUCAAUCGGCGGGUGCACAUUGAACCAGGAGUAAACACUGCAGCGUCAAAGAAAUAUAUCGGACACUUCAUUGAUUGACCACUCCCUGGGGAAUUAUAGCUGGCAUAUAACGUUCAUGUUUCAAGAAUUCAGGAUGCCCUAUAUGCUCAUCAGUACACAGAUUCGGCUGGAGAAUGGUCCAACCUUGGUGGGUGAUGAGUACUCUGACCCAGACACCAUGACCUACCUUGGGGCCAGGAAGAAAGUCGUGCUGGGAAACAACUUCGCCGAGUACCAUGUGGAUGACCCUCCCAGGGUGAUUCUGGACAAGCUAGAGCAGUUGGGUUUCCGUGUCGUCUCCAUGACUGGCGUAGGACAAACUCUGGUCUGGUGUUUGCACAAGGAUAUCAUGUGACCACUGACCAAUGACAAUUGACCACGUGCACGUAUGCAUGCACGCACGCACGCACACGCGCACACACACACGCGCGCACGCACACACACACACACGCGCGCACGCACACACACACGCACACAUCUUCCAUCGUUCCAUGUGGUGCCCCACAGUGAGCUUGUCUUGAGGUCACAGGGUCAUGUCUUCACUUUCUGUCUAUUUUUUAUGAUUUAUAUACGAUUGUUUUUAUAUGUCAAAUAUUUCACAGAAAGUGCUCAUUCCGUUUGUAGGCUCAUUUACUUCAUUCCAUUUGUAGACAGUACUUUACAGGUUGAAAAAAAAAAAUACAACUGCCUACAAAUUGAUCCCAUAGAAUUCUAAACGUACAACUUUGCCUAUUGUAAUUUGCAAUAUCUUUUAUAGUAUAGAUACAGUGUGUGUGUACAAUAUUAUGGAACAUUCCUGAAGAUCACUACAAAUUGUGUAGCACAGUGCCUGAGUGAUCAACAAACCCGAAAAGCCGAGAACAUUUUCUGCCUUUUGUAUUUAGAUAGUGGUGGAGAGAGUAGCCUGAAUCAGUUAUGAUAAGAAAACUGCAGCCUUCUUUGUUGGCUUUGGUUUUGGCUUUGUUUACAGCACUAUGUAAUGACAUUGUUAGUAUGCAGAGUCCUUUUGUCUUAGUUUACAUUGUAUACAAAUUUUGAAACAUAGCCUUUGUUUACCUGAACUUUAGAUUUCUUAAUCACUGUGUAUAUUGGACUUGAACUGGAGGUUGGAUUUAGAAAUAAAACAACAGUAUUGUUAUAA